AUGGCUAGCGACGACGACGACGACAAGCUGACUUCGCUCGACGACCUGUCCGAUCUCUCGAGUACCAAUAGCAGCGAUGACGAAAACGACAACAAGCAGAGCAAAGAUACAGGCUCUGAGGAGCCCCUGCAGGUCGAAUGGCUCGUAACAUCUCGCGCGAAACGGUCGACCGCCGGCAACCGAAUGAAAUCAGUGCUCGCCAAUGAGAUACCUGCCGACUCUGAUUCCGAUCUUGAACUGCUCUUCGCCGAAGAUGAGAAGGACACCGUCUUCAGUUUGGACGAAGCCCAAGAGAACACGUCCGAUGAACAGAUGGACUCGUCAUCCGACGAUGAGGACCAGGAGGACAACGGCGACGAGCUAGCUGGUGAGAAGGAGUUGGAGCGCGAGGCUCGCGCCCAACGCAUGUCUCAACGCAAGCGCAAGGCACAGGAAGCCAUACCGGCCAAAUUUCGUAAGAAGGUUCGCAUCGAACAGCCUGAACGACCGCCGCGACCAAAGAAAAAGUCGGAACGCACUAGCUGGCUGCCCUCGCCUGCCGACAUGCCUACUCGUUCCUCGGAGCGUCAGACGACCAAGCUCAGCAAGCAGCUGCUGCAUCAGAAGAUGCUGGAGGAUGAGAUGCGCCGGAAGAAGAUGCUGGAGCGCAUGGAGAAGAAGGCCAAGAUGCUCGAGUCCCAGAAGAAGCGCCCCAUGACCCAGGCCGAGCGCCUGGCCGAGGCUGCCAUUGUUGAGAAGAAGAAUGCUAAGAGCUUGAAUCGCUGGGCUGAGCUCGAGAAGCAGAGAGAGGAGGAGCGCAUGAAGAAGAUCGCGGCGCUCAAUAGCCGCAAGCUGUCCGGGCCGGUCAUCACCUUUUGGAGUGGCAUCCAGGAGAUCCAGGAGGGACAAGCCAAGCACAUUGGCAACCUGGUUUCCAUGGAGGAAAAGGCUCCGCGGAGGAAAAGGCCGUCGGUUGCGGCAGCUCUGGCGGCUAAGGAGGCUCAGGAAGCCCCAACGCCCGAGCAGAGGCCUGAGGCUGGCGAGCAGCCAGCUGUUAAGGCAGAGAAUGCCGAUAUCCCUGCUACGCCAAUCGAGGCUCCUGUUGUGCCACCACUGGCGUCCGCAUUAGCACCACCAUCGGCAUCUGGGCCAGCAUCAGCUCCAGUACCAGGCUCAGCUCCAGCGCCAGGUCAAGCCCCAACACCUUCACCACCAGUACCAUCCCUAGCACCUCCAGUGCCAGCUCCAGCACCUACCCACACACCAAUGGCACCUCCCCCCAUACCCCCGCCACCUGAUGUCAGGCCAGGGAGUUCAGGUGUGCUUGUGGCGCCAGUCCUCGCCCCUCCAGCCGGUGUGACAGCUCCUAUGCCCGGAGGAAAGUCUAACAUACUAGCACCCCCUAAUACCUCACAAACGCCCUUACCGCUGCAGAUGCCUGGUGCAGCGGCUCCUGUAGCUGCCCCAGCUACCCCAGCUUCUUUGGCACCUCCUCAGGCAACCGCCCCGGCACUCACUCCCUUAGCACCUACUCCAAAGCCACCAGCAACCCUACCCCUGCCACCACUUCCAUCUACCUCAGCUACAGCACAACCAGAGGCCCAGCCCCCGUCUGCAAAGCCAGCCGACCAGCCCCAGGUGGGCGCUCAGGCACCAGGUCAGGAGCCAGGUGUUGCAACUACUACUCCGGGGGAUCCGGCCGUUGGCACUAAGUUCACUCGGAGUUGCAUUAUCUUGCAGGGCUUCGACGAUACAGCAAUUAAAGACAAGCAGGUCCAGACCCGUAUCAUCUUCGGGCGUACCAUGAACAAGCUUGCUAAACCCGAACAGCCCCUCUGCGUCAUUACCAACCGCCCAGCCAAGUACCGCGACCCGAAGACGGGCCUGCCCUAUGCUAAUGCCUACGCCUACCGGCAGAUCCAGCGCGCCCUGCGCGGCGACUUCAAGUUCAGCGCUCUGCUAGGCUGCUACGUCGGACGCUGCGACUACGCUGCUGCUGGCGCGCCAGACUGGUUUGUCGACCCUUCACCGAAUGCGCCGCACAAGGCUGCUGCUCCGACUGCCCUAGCCACAGAGACGCCGGUAGCAGCUGAAAAGGGGCAAGAACCGAUGUUGGUUAAGAUUGAUGAGGGUGAAGGGGAUGCCAAGAAGGGUGGUGAGGAAGGGCAGCAACCUGAAUUACAGGGGAAGAGCAUCGUGGAUGAGCCUAGACUUGUGCCGGGCGAUUUGGUUGGGGAAUCGGGGCAGCAGCAAGGAGUUGGAGGGGCUGGUCCUCCUGGGCCUGGACUUGCUGGCCCUGCACCGGUUGCAGGCCAGCCGGUUGCUGCUGCGGCGGCGAUAUCUAAUGUAUAG